UUUCUUUAGAACCUUCAAAUAACUAUGAUAAAAAGCAAGACAAUUUAUGUGUAUGAACAUAUCUGAACACAGGACUUACACACAAUAGAGGUUGCUUUUCACCAACAGUGUAGUAUCGGAUCCAGAAAUCUGUGAACUUGGGAAAGGUUAAACAUUAAAAGCUGGAGAUCAGAUGAAUGGAGAUCCCUGUAUAUUCAGGCUCAUUGAGAACCAUGAAAAUUUAACUAGGUUUGACUAGUUCCCAUAAAGGGCAGUCAUUCCCCCAAAGUGUGACUCCAUAAGCAAAAGCUGAUUGGAAUAAGCAAAGGCUUAGCGUGUUUUCCAGCCUGGUUGGGGUGGGACCAUUUGUCAAAUUUGGGAGAGCUGAGGUUGAGGACUGAUGGGGUUCACCUUGUGUCAGGCCUUGUCCAAAGGCAAUCGAAUUUUGUACAAAGAGUGACAGGAUUGAGGAGACGUUAGGGGGAAAUGAUUUCCAAAAUAGCAGGCUGAUAGAAGGUGAGUAGGGCAGGAAAAAAAAAAUAACGUGGGGUUUUCUUCGUAAUUAGGAGACAUUGAGAUGAUAAAUGCCUGAAUCAUGUUUGAAGCAGAGGAGAUGAGAAGGAAGGGUAUCUGUGAAAGGCAUUUCUGGGUGGUGGUGUGUUUGCAUGGGAGGGGAGUGCUUGAGCUACUGACAAACUUCAAGUAUGUUCAUAAACAGGGAGUUAUCGCUGCUGAAGUUAGUAAGUCUCUCUCUCUCUCUCUCUCACACACACACACACACACACACACACACACACACACACACACAGGGCUCUCCAAAAGCAUGCACUGGAAACACUAGCCCUGAUUCAAGUUAUGUCUGUCACCCACAGCAACCAAAGCCACCCACUACUCGGCAGGUGACCCCAGGAAGCAAACCAACGCAUCUGGUUCAUGCUCCCCACCUCCUCCUGCGGGAGUCGGAGUUUGAGGAUGGAAAAGUUUGGGGAGUAGUCUCUGGCUACCCAGAGGACAUUUUUCAUUCCUCAACCACUACUCUCAAGUGCUCCAGAGAGGGAGGAUGACAUCCGGAGAGUCCAAUGGUCACCACUCCUUCCCCGGGGGCCGAGAUUAUGAAACUCUGGGCACUUUUUGAACCUCACCCCAAUAGUAAGUGCUCCUGUCCGGAAGCACCUCCCCAGACUUAUAAAGGUCGCAGCGCGUGGCGGUUGAGCUCACUUGCCUGACAAGCUGGUGUCAGAGGGACACAGUGGACGCAUAGACUCUUCAGGCUUUCAGCAGCACUCCAGCUACAGCGCGGCAGCCGAUCGCUUCGGCGGGUCGGAGCGUCCCCAGCAGCCCUCUGCCGCCUGCCUCCCACCUCCUGCAGCCGGGGCGCCUGCGCUCAGCCGAGGCUAGCCGCAGGGAAGAGGAUGGAGACGCGUCCCACGGGCCUGGUCCAGGCACUGCUGCUCUGCCUAGGUUUCCAACUUCUACAAACGGUUCCCAGCACGACUGUGAUUCCAUCAUGUAUCCCGGGGGAAUCAGAUGACAACUGCACAGCUUUGGUUCAGAUGGAAGAUAAUCCACGUGUGGCUCAGGUGUCCAUAACAAAGUGUGGCACUGACAUGAAUGGCUACUGUUUGCAUGGACAGUGCAUCUACCUGGUGGACAUGAGUGAAAAUUACUGCAGAUGUGAAGUGGGUUACACUGGUGUCCGAUGUGAGCACUUCUUUUUAACUGUGCAUCAACCCUUGAGCAAAGAAUAUGUGGCUUUGACUGUGAUUCUUAUUAUUUUGUUUCUUGUAAUAGUUGCCGGUUCCAUAUACUACUUCUGCAGAUGGUACAAAAACCACAAAAGCAAAAACUCAAAGAAGGAAUAUGAGAGAGUGACCUCAGGGGAUCCAGCAUUAUCUCAAGUCUGAACAGCGCAGGGAUGCACUGCAUUCCUAGUCAAUGUUAAUAUUCCUAUUUUAUUAAUAAUAUUUAUGUUGGGUUGUGUGUUAGGUCAACAACUGUGUAUUUUUAAUAUACUCAAAAAUGUUUUUAUUUUUGUUUUAUUUUUGACAAACUAUUUACUGAUAUAUUAUGUGUAAAAAUAUUUAAUACAAAAGAAAAGUGAUAUUUUUGUAAGAAAUAAUUUCCUGAGCUAAAUGCUUUAUUGAAAGCUUCAAAGCUUAUAUGCCUGCUGCACAGGGCCUAGGAAUGAGCAAUGCCUAAUUCAUUGUUCAGGAAGUGUCAGCUUGUGACAUAUUUCUGUAAACCUAAAUAUAUAGUCAAAUCAAUCUUAUAAGUAGAUUCUUUUCUACUGCUCAAAUCAGUGAUAAUUGACUUGACUAUGUUAUGGUUAGAUGCAUUGGUUGGUGCCACUGUUUCAUGUAAUACAAUUGGGAUUUGGGAAAACAAAUACAGGUCAUAUGCUAAACACUGCAUAUUUGAAAUAAACUGAGUUCAGGAAGAAUGGCCUCUACAUUCCUAUAUUGGCUAGCUUGAAACUCACUUGCUUGGAGGGUCAAUGGACCAUCCCCUGUGCCAACCUACAACUACAGAAAAUUGUCAGCCACCUGCCAGAUCCUCUUCAAGUAAAGUGAAUGGAAGAGUUUGUCAUCUUUCAUGUCAAUAGUGGGUAUUCCAUAGCUUCACACUAUUCUACUUUUGUACAACACAUCGUUUAUGUUAUGUGUUUUAUGUGAGAUAAUUGUUUCUCAUGAGACAAUUAGAAAAAAAAUACAUUCUUGAAGCCAAAAUUGUGCUUCUUUUUAGGUAUUAAUUUUCAUAAGAGAUUUGUUGAAGAAUUGUAAUAGUAAAUCAGAGUCCAAAAUGUGAUAAGCUAAUUAUUAUUUUAAAAUAGAACAGUAGUUCUAUGUUAUCUAAAAAUGGACAUACAGGUAUUUCUACUCAAGAUAGUUUCACUUACAGUUUAAGUAGCUUCUUCUAAAACUUAAAGUUACAUAUUUAAAAAUAUCUUCAUAUAGGCAGUGGAAAAUAAUAAGAGAAAAUAAACUAUAGUGUAUUUUUCCAAAUGAAAAACUCUAUUGGAAAGCUUUUAAAAUGUGGGGACUUAACUACACCUUCUUAUGGAGGCUGAGAUGAAAGUACCCCUUACACACUUUACCCCCUGUUAUCUAUUUAUUUUCUGGAAGAAACUGAGAUUUCUUCUGCAUUCUGAGAUCUCAGUGAGCUCAGGGUAUUUUGAGCAAUUGCAUAGAAGUCAGGGCUGUCACCACCUUUGGCUUUCAUGGGAGUCUACCUCUCUGAAUGCUAAAUUUUUUGUUCUCAUCUCUGGAUCACAUACCAGGUCAGGGAGGAUCUUCUUCCUCCACAUUUUUUCCUGGCAUGUACUAGGGCAACAAAGAUAUCACCAGACAAGUCACCUCUGGAGUACCAGAUGCCAGGACUUGCCUCCAGAUGGAGCCAUGUAUUAUAUACCCUGACGUGUUCACAUGGCUCUCAUGUAUAGUCCUGGCCUGGCAGGGAAACAAGCAAACAAAAGAAACGAAAAUCUAUACAUAAACAUAUUUGCAUACAAACACUUAAGUACACAUGAGCUGUAUUGACUAUUGAAUCAUAGUCAUUUGUUGCUCUAUUAACUAAUGUGUGAAACUUAAAAGCAAGAUAAAAGGAAAAUAGAAAUCAGUGAGACUUAAAAGUAUAUUUAUUUCAUGUUUACUAUAGCUGAAAUCAAAUGUGUUACAUAAGGGCACAUUUUAAAUUGACACCUACUGAAUGUAAUGCAAGUUUGCCUAUUUUCAGUGAUCUUGUCUGUUUUAAAGAAAACGUAUCUACUAAGAACUCAACUACAAUCUAUUUCAUUAACAAAAGUUUCAUUGACAACGUCUCAGCAUUGAUAUAUUAGUCUGUCUUCAGCAUCUCAAUGCAUAUUAUAUAACAUGGUGCAAGUAGUUUUGGAUUUUUUUUGGGGGGGGGGUACUGGGGAGUGAACUCAGGGGCACUCGGCCACUGAGCCACAUCCCAGCCCUAUUUUGUAUUUUAUUUAGAGACAGACUCUCACUGAGUUGCUUAGUGCCUUG